AUGUCUAGACCUAUCUCUGUUGUCGUGGUUGAGGGCCACAAUGAAGCUUUAAAUUACAUAUAUCGAGCUAUCGGCAGCAAAAUGAUUCCCUUCUCAGGACUGAAACUGUUACAUUUUGACUCGCAUCCUGAUAUGGGGGUGCCUGAUGUUGACUGUUCAGAAAUUUUAAGGGACCCUCAACAACUCAUGAAGAAAGUAAGUAUAGAAAACUGGAUAACACCUAUGGUAUAUGCGGGUCAUAUAGACCAUGUUAUUUGGAUGCAUCCUUCAUGGUCAAGACAACUUUUGAACAGGAAACCGACGUGUUAUUCUAUCGGUGAAGAUUUAUGUACAAAACGACUUGUAGUUGGCAUCCCAGAAUCUUAUUUCUAUAAUGAUGGUGUAUUUUGUAUGGAAGAAGAUAUUAGUUCCCCAGUGAAGUUUGGGCUAACAGUUGCACCAAUUCACGAGACAAAUACAUUGUGUCGAGUGUGUACAGAUAUUAUAUGUGUACUGCUCAACCAGUCUUUCAUUUUGGAUAUUGAUCUAGACACUUUUUCUACACAAAUCCGUUUUCGAAUAAGUUUACCGAGGAACAAUUCGAAAUUAUUGAUCGUAUUUAUGCUCCACCACCGCCUUUAA